GAGAAUAACUAACCAAGGAGCCACGAGAAUCACAAGAUGGUAAAAUCUAUUUCGAAAUUUGUCGUCUUUCUUCUUAAAACACUAGUGAGAGCCAGACACAUAAGCCUUUUAGCAUGAGUUCAACGUUGAGCGAUGUGUUUAGAUCGCAUCCCAUUCACAUCCCACUCUCAAACCUACGGGACUUCAAAGCCCUCCCAGAUUCUUACACAUGGACCCCCAAAGAUGAUCUCCUCUUCUCCGCCUCCGCCUCCGACGAAACCCUGCCGCUCAUCGACCUCUCCGAUCCCAACGUGACCACUCUUGUGGGCCAUGCUUGUACCACGUGGGGAGCGCUCCAGAUCACCAACCACGGCGUACCCUCACGACUUCUCGACGACAUUGAGUUCCUCACCGGAAGUCUUUUCCGGCUUCCCGUGCAGCGGAAGCUCAAGGCGGUUCGGUCAGAGAAUGGCGUCUCCGGCUACGGCGUUGCUCGUAUUGCUUCUUUCUUUAAUAAGAAAAUGUGGUCCGAAGGUUUCACCGUUAUUGGCUCUCCUCUCCAAGAUUUCCGUAAACUCUGGCCCAGCCAUCACCUCAAAUACUGUGAAAUUAUUGAAGAGUAUGGAGAACAUAUGCAAAAGUUGGCAGCCAAGUUGAUGUGGUUGGCAUUAGGUUCACUGGGAGUGGAAGAAAAAGACAUAAAAUUGGCCGGACCUAAUUCAGACUUUCAAGGAACACAAGCAGCUACCCAACUAAACCAUUACCCCAUAUGCCCAGAACCAGACAGAGCCAUGGGCCUCGCGGCCCAUACCGACUCAACCCUCAUGACCAUUCUGUACCAGAACAACACCGCCGGUCUCCAAGUUUUCCGGGAUGACGUGGGCUGGGUUACCGUGCCACCUGUCCCUGGCUCGCUAGUGGUCAACGUCGGUGACUUGCUCCACAUUUUAACCAACGGAAUCUUCCCGAGCGUGCUUCACCGAGCCAGGGUUAACCACGUCCGGUCUCGGUUCUCAAUGGCUUACCUGUGGGGUCCACCAUCCGAUCUAAUGAUCUCUCCACUUCCCAAACUCGUUGAUCCUCUCCAAUCUCCUCUCUAGCCAUCGCUCACUUGGAAACAGUACCUUGCUACCAAAGCUACUCAUUUUAAUCAGUCUCUUUCCAUUAUUAAAAAUUAUCUGUCUUC